AUGGCGGGCCGUUGGUCCGAGACAAAUCCCACCGGCCGGGCUCAGGAGGUAAGCUCCACGGUAUUCAGUGAAGCAAAGUACGACUCAACGGUGACCUCCACUCGCCCCACAUUGGUGGAAAGUGAGCAAGGGACCAAUCCCGGGACCCCCAUGCCCAUCCUGCUGCCACAAAACUUCCCAAAGGCUCCAGUGUGGGAUUUUGACGACGUUUACAACCAGGAUGCUGCACCCAGACAGUCGACGUGCCAACAAUCCCUCAGGAAUUCCCAGGAUGAGAGCUUCCGGAAGGGAUUCCUUCCCAACAUUCGCUUGUUCCUGCACAAAGACAACAUCAACAUGAGCGAGUGGAACAGACUCUCCCACUUCAGAAGUCCCUAUGGCUUCAUGGGCUUCACUUACGACGACGUAAUGACCUCAGUGAAGUUGAUCCCAAGGGCAAAGGAGCCGCUCCUCUCCCCAAAGCCAGGCGGUGAUGGCUGCAUUCGUUGCGCUGUGGUGGGAAACGGUGGGAUCCUCAACGCAUCCAAAAUGGGGGAAGAAAUCGAUGCACACGACUACGUCUUUCGGGUGAACGGCGCCCUCACCGAGGGUUACGAGGACGACGUGGGGAACAGAACGUCCGUCUACGUCCACACGGCUCACUCCAUCACCACGUCCUUGACCCGUUGGAAGACCUACGGCUACAAGUCUGCCCCCCACGAUGAGAGUAUCAAAUACGUGAUGAUCCCGGAGGGCAUGAAGGACUACCAGUGGCUGGAUGGACUCCUCAAAGGAGACAGGGUGCGGCUCGGCCCGUAUAAAAACAGACGGCCCAGGACGUACUACACGGGGCAAUAUAACGAGAGCCGCUUUUACGUCCUGCACCAGGAUUUCCUGCGAUACGUGCAGAACAGGUACUUGAAGUCCAAGUUCUUGAAGUUGGCAUCCGGGGCAUCGUUCAGACCGACUAACGGGGCUUUUACCGUGUUCCUGGCCCUCCACACCUGUGACGUCGUGGACGCGUACGGCUUCAUUACCCAAGACCACUGGAAAUAUGCCACCUAUUACUACGAGAAGCAUGAACAAGCCUUCAGGCCGUUCCACUCCCAUCACGACUACGUUUUGGAAAUGAAAUUGUGGAAGAAAUUCCACGACGGCGGAAUUCUGCGUCUGUACCAAAUAACUUGAGGAAGAAUCCAUCCUGGAAGGAAUAAAGGAACUCGAGUGUCACACCAGCACAGGUGAGACACACGAGGUGGCACAAAAUGUUUGCAUUUAUAGA